AUAGAGCUUCCGGUGGUAUGGGUGGUGCAACGACGGUCGUCUGCAGAUAGAGAUUGGUGAGGGUGGGAAGCGCGUGUGUUGUUCGCCUGCGCGGUUGCUGGAGCUCAAGUUGUCGUCGGCGGAAGCCCUAGUCGCCAAGCCCGAGGUCACGUGAAGACUAACUCACCCACCUGGGCAAGCGUUCAACGACGAUCCGGCAAGAUAACGGAAACAACAGGACAGCGUUAAACACAUCCUGGAUACAGGCUUCGCGUAGGCGAGACAGAUGGUAUGGAACAGUGUUCAAGAUCCAUACAUUUGCCCCCACGAGUACUCUCAGUCCGCCGACACCCUCAAUUAUUGGCUCUGGUCCGAGCGCAGCCGCAAUGCACGACACCUCGGAGAAGCCCACAUCGUUCGACGUGUUUCACCGCUCUGUCCCGGCCCAAAGAAAGGAUGUAUCGUCAUCCUUUCGUCCCCAACCAAAAAGCAUGACCCAGUGGUUGGACCCGCGAAAGGGAUCCUGGCACCCUUCAUGCACCAAAGGCUUGACGAAUGCCGGCGAUACUCGCUUCUGUCCGUCGGCUCCCAUCCCGCGCUACCUUCCGGGCUUACGAAGGUUGACCACUGCCAUGGCAGACCAAGAGAGACAUGACAAGCAUCUGAUCGACGGCGAGAGGCGGUGGUUUUCGAUGACCUGCACAUCCUGUCACCACCAACUCGAAGCGACUCGGAUGCUGGAUUCUUGGCAGCCACCAACCACUUCAUUCAUUGUGCUAUUUCUUCCCGGCAUGCGUCAAGCAGGCAAUGACCAAGGGACUGUCUGGCCUGACCAGCUUCAUACAGUACCCCACAGUCGCGGAUGAUGAUGGGGAGAUGCAUGCAAUAAACGGUCACACCCUGGUCAUUUAUCGGCGUGCUCAAACAGAGCGAAUCCGGACCACCCGCCGGCGUUGUCUUUUCCUUUCCGCCCUG